GUUAGGUUGAGUUUGUAUUGAGUUCUGACGCUGUCGGGUGCCUAUCGCCGCUCGAGCCGGAGUGACAGCCUCGCGUGGUCGUGGGCUCCUUUGCCCUUGCUCGCCUUCUUUUCUCCUCUCGCUCUGUCUGGUCCUGAAGUGCUUCUUUGUGAAAUUUCAUCCUUCGGUUCGACAGGUCAGCUACCACGCUGUCUCUCGCCAAGUGACCAAGUAUUACUCAUCCCCUUUCUCGUCAGAAUACAGCAAAGUCACUGUGCAUAUCAGCUGGGUCUUCUUUCAUGGCAGAGGGAAAUUCUCAUUCAAACGCUCUGCUGGAAGAAAAUGGAGCUUCAGAAUCUCCAAGUUGUCUAGAAGGGACCGCUGAGCUUUCCCCACCAUCACAAAUAGAGGGAGAUGACAGUAAAGAAGUUUCAAAGAAGAAAAAGAAGAAAGCCAAAAGCAAGAAAAAGAAAGAACUCCUUGAGCAGACUGAUCCUCCGUCAAUACCUGUUCUUGACCUUUUCCUGUCUGGAGAUUUUCCUGAAGGUGAAAUUCAGCAGUACAAAGACGAUAACCUAUGGAGAACUACAUCAGAGGAGAAGAGAGAGCUGGAGCGCCUUCAGAAACCUAUAUAUAAUUCAGUUCGUCGAGCAGCAGAAGUUCAUCGUCAGGUUCGCAAAUAUAUAAGAAGCAUUUUAAAGCCUGGAAUGCUGAUGACUGACUUAUGUGAAACAUUGGAGAACACUGUUCGUAAGCUAAUAUCAGAGGAUGGCCUGCAAGCAGGCAUUGCAUUCCCCACAGGAUGCUCUUUAAAUUGGGUCGCUGCUCACUGGACCCCAAAUUCGGGAGAUAAGACUAUACUUCAGUAUGAUGAUGUGAUGAAAUUAGAUUUUGGCACCCAUGUAGACGGAUAUAUUGUUGACUGUGCUUUUACGGUGGCAUUCAACCCAAUGUUUGAUCCUCUGCUUGAAGCUUCCCGUGAAGCCACCAAUACGGGUAUCAAGGAAGCUGGAAUCGAUGUGCGGCUUUGUGAUGUUGGUGCCGCCAUUCAAGAGGUCAUGGAGUCUUAUGAGGUUGAGAUUAAUGGGAAGGUGUACCAAGUCAAAAGUAUAAGGAAUUUGAAUGGACACAGCAUAGGCCGCUACCAAAUCCAUGCUGGAAAAUCAGUUCCAAUUGUGAAAGGAGGAGAACAGACAAAGAUGGAAGAGGGUGAAUUUUUUGCUAUUGAAACCUUUGCAUCAACUGGGAAAGGAUACGUACGAGAAGACCUGGAGUGCAGCCACUACAUGAAAAAUUUUGACGUUGGUCAUAUCCCGCUGAGAUUGCCUAGAGCUAAGCAACUGUUAGCAACUAUUAAUAAGAACUUCUCUACGUUGGCCUUUUGUAGACGGUAUUUAGAUCGCCUAGGAGAGACUAAAUACUUAAUGGCAUUGAAAAACUUGUGUGACUCUGGCAUUGUUCAGUCUUAUCCUCCUCUAUGUGACGUGAAAGGAAGCUAUGUCUCACAGUUUGAACAUACAAUCCUACUCCGACCAACAUGCAAAGAAGUUAUAUCGAAGGGUGAUGAUUACUAAGCUGAUUUGAAGUGGUAUUUUGUUUAUGGAUACACCACGUACUAUUUUUAUUUUUAAACUGUUUUCGCUAUGCCAUGCCAUCAGCACUUCGGUUUUGUAACUGUAGGUGGUCUGCCUAGUUUGGCAUUGAUCGUUUAAUAAUCUGCAUAUUCCCCCAAUCGUGGCAGUAUCAUAUAAAAAGGCACACUAACAAAACCAUUUUGCUAAACGUCAAAUUUACAAAGCAUUAUCCGUUUAACCUACUUGGGCAUGGA